UUUUCAGUCUCACUCUUCAUUUCAUCUCACACAAUCUCUCUUUUUUCUGAUUUCUAACAUGUUUUAAUCAGUAAUAUACUUGACUUGUUUUUGGAGAAAAUCAUUUUCUUAGUCUUUUUGACCUUCUUUUCAAUUCUUACUCAUCUUAUAUUUUGUUUUUCUUUCGGUUUGAAUUGAUCGGUUCAAACUUGCCGCAGUUUUUUUCAAAUGACUUAUCUACUUGAAUCUUCACCUUUACACAAUCCAAUUUUACAUUUAACGGACCAAAAGAAGCAAGAAAAGGCAAAUGAAAUUAUAUCACAGUUCAAACUAACCAAAAACCAGUUGGACAAAAUUAGAGAAAAAUUUCUCUAUGAAAUAAACCUUGGAUUAAAUGAACCCUCAAAAGCUGGAACCAAAGAGUGUUCAUUGUACAUGAUUAACACUUUCAUAACAUCUCUUCCCAAUGGUAAAGAAGAAGGUGAUUUCCUUUCGUUGGAUUUGGGUUCAACCAAUUUUCGUGUUUGUCUUUCAACAUUGGCAAAUCAACAAGACCAAUUUAACGUGAAGUACUAUGAUAUUCCUGAUGCUAUGCGAACAGGCAAUGCUGAAACGUUGUUCAAUCAUAUCGUGGAAUGCAUAGAUAAUUUUAUGAAUGAUUAUCCAAAACUCAAAGAAAAAAACUUGUUGCUUGGUUUCACCUUUUCAUAUCCAAUGAAACAAGAAAGCUUAAAUGUUGGAAAAUUGGUUACAUGGACUAAAAGUUAUGAUAUUAAAGAUGCCAUCGGUCAAGAUGCUGCUGCGCUGCUUCAAAAAGCUAUCGAUCGUAAGGGACUUAAAAUCAAUGUAGCAGCUAUUUUAAAUGAUUCAAGUGGUACUUUGGUGAAAGGUAUUUAUCUGGAUCAAGACUGUGGAGUUGGUGUUAUCAUGGGAAGUGGCUUCAAUGCCUGUUAUCUUGAAAAAAUGGAAAAAGUUUCUUCUUUUAAGCAAAUCGGUGAUACUCGGUCUGAUAGAGUUUUAAUAAAUCUCGAAUGUGGAGGAUUUGGAGAUAACGGUAGCAUUGAUUUUGCUAAAACGCCUAUUGACAAGCAAGUGGAUCAAGAUUCACUAUUUGCUGGAUCUUUUACAUAUGAGAAACUUUUUUCUGGAGUAUUUAUUGGUGAUAUUGCUCGUAGAGUGUUUUUGCAAUUGGCUAGACAAGGACUUUUAUUCAAUGGUGUUAUAUCCCAACAGUUGGAAAACAGCGAGUCAUUCACAGCUAAACAUAUCUCGCUUAUUGAAGGAGAAAAUAGUGAUGCCAAAACAAGGGAAAUCAUCUCUAAGAAUCUUGGCUACUCAGAGUUUUCGGAUGAUGAUGUCGCCAUUGUUAAACAUGUUUGUGCCGUUUUAUCUGUGAGAGCCGCUCUGUUUGUAGCAAUUCUUAUUUCAACUUUAAUAGAGAGGAUUGAUCGUCCAGUAACCAAAGUUGCUAUUGAUGGAUCUUUAUACAAACAUCACCCUAAGAUUAAGAGAUUAUUGACUGAUUUCAUUGGCCAAUUAGCUCCUGGUCGACAAUUUGACCAUUAUCUGGCGGAAGAUGGAAGCGGUAAAGGAGCUGGUCUUGUUGUUGCUGCAUUAUAUCGAGAAAGGUUACUUCGAGGAUCACUUUGAUCUCUCAGCUUGGAAUCGAAAGAUUUUACCAAGUCAUGUUGAUUGUUACUGACUUACCCUUACUUAUUUCAAUUUUACAUCUAUUUUCCGAUUUGAAUCAUAAUUGCAGUUUUUACUCAUAAAUUGUAUUUUGUUAAACCAGUUAUCAUCAAUUAUGUAAUGGUUUAUAAAUUAUCUACAUUUGCUCAACGUUUACAUAUAUUUUUAUUGCAUGUAAUCUAUGGAAAUAAUGUUCAAAAUUAUCCCUUGAUUUUACCAUUCAAGCCAUCUGUUAAAAAGCCAAUUUUUUCACUCUUAAUACUUCAAUUGUGAAUCCAAACCAUUUCCCAUUCAAUAAAAUACGGAAAGUUGAAAUUUAA